AUGGCCGAAGAAGAUGACCGCGAACGCCUCAAAUCAGCCCUCUGGUUCGCCGUCGGCCAAAUCGUCGACGAAGAAUGCCUCCGUCGAAACCGCAACGCAACACCCCAAUUCAUCGGCGCCCUCACAGAAAUGGUCUGGACGCAAAUAGAAAACGUGGCCAUCGACCUCGAAAGCUUUGCCAACCACGCGUCCCGGCCAAACAUCACCACCGAAGACGUCCUCCUGCUGGCGAGGAAGAAUCCCGACCUGCAGCAGAUUAUGGGGGAUUUUGUGAAUGAGAGGAAGGGGGUUAGGGAGGCGAAGAUGGGGAAGAGUAAAUCUGCGGGGAGACGGCGAUGA